AUGGAGGAGUCAUCCGAAUUUUGCUUGGAAAGAUACAAAUCAUUCAGGUCCAAACAAUGUGAAUACUCAGGAAAUGCAAGAAGUUCCAAUUUUCAGUCAGGGAACAACUACCAACCUAAUCAAGGUAAUUUUAAUUCUAACAAUUAUGGUAGUAGGCCGCAGAAUCCUCCUGGAUUUCAAUCAAACAGGAAUCAAAAUGAGGGAAGUAAGCUCGAUAAAAUUUUGGAGAAAUUUGAGAAAUUUGAAGCGGAAGCGCGACAAAAAGAUAAAAAUCAAGCAGCUGCCUUCCAUCAUCUCGAGGUACAAAUUUCACAAUUAGCAACCUAUAUUCAAGGUAGAAACCAGGGUGGUCUACCUUCCACUACAGAGACAAAUCCCAAGGAGCAAGUUAAGGCUGUUGAGCUAAGGAUCCAAAAGGCUCUUAAUGAUCCGCACGGAAAGAAGCCUAUAGAAGUCUAUGAUGAGCUAAACGUUGACGAAGCGAUUUCAAGCAAUACAAAGGAAAGCGAGGAGGUAAUAGUUGAGGAUGCAACUCUUGAGGUAAGACCACCACCACCACCUCCAUAUGUGCCUAAGGUACCGUUUCCAAGUCGGCUCAGAAAAACGCCAGACAACCAUAAAUUUCAUAAAUUUUUGGAAAUAUUCAAGAAGCUCCAAAUAAAUAUAAGUCUAGCGGAUGCUUUGCGAGAAAUGCCUCAGUAUGCAAAGUUUCCCAAAGACAUAAUUAUGAACAAGCGGAGUUGGGAAGAUAAAGGCUCUAUCUCAUUGACUAAAAACUGUAGCUCAAUCAUUUUGAGUGAUCUACCCACAAAACUGAAAGAUCCAGGGAGUUUUACUAUUCCUUGCACCAUUGGAAAUUUAGAUGAUGUGAGUUGUUUAUGUGAUUUGGGCGAAAGUAUCAAUUUAAGGCCUCUAUUUCUUUUCAGAAAUUUGUUUGGUAAUCAAUCAGUGAAACAAACUUCAAUGGUUCUCCAACUGGCCGACCAGUCAAUCAAGAAACCAUAUGGAGUGGUCGAAGAUGUUCUAGUAAAAGUGGAUAAGUUCAUCUUUCCAGUAGACUUUGUCAUUCUUGAUUAUGCAGUUGAUAAGAACUGCCCCAUGAUUCUUCGGCGUCCUUUCAUGAAUACGAGAAGGGCGCUAAUUGAUGUUCAUGCUGGAAAUUUGACCUUGAGAAUUGACGAAGAUAGUCUGGAAUUUGACAUGAAAAGGUUGAUGCGAAAUGCUACCAAAGAGGAAGGAUGGGACAAGGUUACAGAACAACUGACAGUACCAAAUUCCCUCCAUGUCUCUUCUGAGAUAUGUAAAUCUGAGGAGGGAAUUGAAUCUGCACAAGUAUUAGAGGUAUCUUUCAUCUCUGAAGAACCAACUGAACAGGACAAGGGAGAAGACCCUAAAGAGGACGAAUCUACACCCGACGAGUUAAUCAGAAACGAGAGGGUAACACCACCAUCUUCUGUUAAGACACCAAAAGUGGAGCUUAAGUUACUUCCAUCUCAUCUAAGCCCAUCAGUGGUGAUGCAUAAAAUUCAUCUUGAGGAUGAAUCCAAGUCGUCAGCAUAG